AUGCCCACAAUUCGAGUGAUGCUUGCCAUUGCCCUAUACAACAAUUGGAAGCUAACCGAAACAAUCUACAUCAGGCAACCAAAGGGCUUUGAGGACAGCUUAAGACCGAACCAUGUUUGCCGCCUCAACAAAGCCAUCUAUGGGCUCAAACAGGCGCCCCGCCAAUGGUACAACACGUUCACAUCCGUUCUUGUUUCCCUUGGCUUCCGUCAUAGCCAAUCGGAUCCGUCUCUACUUCUGUACACCAAAAAUCAAGUAAAAAUUUUCUUACUUAUCUAUGUAGAUGAUAUAUUGGUUGCAGGAAAUGAUUCUAUACUAAUCUCUUCUAUUUUAGCUAAACUAAAUUCAGAAUUUGCUAUGAAACACCUUGGGGAAGUACAUGAUUUUUUGGGAAUCCAAAUAUCCAAAUCUAACUCAUCUUAUUUUCUGUCACAGGCUCAAUACGAGUAUAAAAUUUUACAACAAGCGGAGCUCACCUCGUGCAAUCCCCUUUCGAACCCGACCUGUACCAAACUUCCAGCAGAAUUCAAAACAGACUCCCUCCCCUCCGAUCCAGCGUUUUACCGUAGCAUUGCUGGAGCUUUACAAUAUUUAACGUUAACUCGUCCUGACAUUUCGUUUAGUGUUAAUCUACUUUCUCAAAAUAUGCAUGAUCCAUCUCCAAAACACUUCUAUCUUCUAAAACGUCUCCUAAGAUAUAUACAAGGUACGUUACAUUUUGGUCUUCCCAUUACAAAAACUGACUUAGUUCUAAAAUCCUUUUCAGAUGCCGACUGGGCAGGAGAUCCGGUCACAAGAAAGUCUACCACAUGUUUUUGCUCCUUCUCAGGAGCAACUCUGGUGUCUUUGACAGUAAAAAAACAGCGUACUGUGUCAAGAUCAUCCACGGAAUCUGAAUUCCGUGCGCUUGCUGCUCUAGCUUCGGACAUCAUAUGGCUAAGAUGGCUUUUAUUAGAUUUCGGUAUCUCCCAGGCAUACUCUAUGAAUUUAUAUUGUGACAACAUGUCGGCCAUUGCCUUGGUCAAUAACCCGGUGUUUCACUCCAGAACUAAACACAUAGAAAUUGAUAAAAAAUUUCUACGAGAUCACAUUCAACAAAAUAACAUUACCUUGCAUCCUAUCAGUACAAUUGAUCAGGUAGCAGAUAUACUAACCAAGCCGUUAUCAACUCCAAGGUUUCACCAACUUCGUCUCAAAUUGACAAUCGUUCAAGAUCCAUCAAUUUGA